UCGCGGAUUUCUGAAAUUGGACGAUGGCGAAGCUGCACUUCCUCCACAUGCUCUUGCUGCUGGCGUUGGCCAUAUCCAUCUGCGUCGCCGACAAGUUGGAGGUUCUGUCGUUUGAUGGACCUUACGACAGCAUAGAUGCCAACGGUCAACGCUUCAUCAAUGGCACGUGGAUCCAUGGAGGGUCGGCGGAAGUGAAAAAGAACUUCAUCCGCCUGACGUCGGAUCGUCAAGACAAGAAGGGUUACGUGUGGAACAGCCAAUUGAUUGGCCGUGACUCGUUCGCUACAGUGCUGACGUUCCGCAUAUCUGGCCAAGGGAAGAAAUGGUUUGGGGAUGGCAUUGGGUUGUGGCUGACGUCGAGCCAAAACUAUGUGUUCGGCGACAAUCACGGGUUCACGUCCAACUUCGCUGGCAUUGGAAUCAUUAUCGACACAUUCAACAACCCAGACCACAAGGGCGGGCACAAGGACGUGUCGGUGCAGAUCAACGACGGGUCCAAGUCGUUGCAGACUUUGAACGACGAAACCAAAGUAGGAUGCGACGCCGCGCUGCGCUACCACGAAGAAAGCGCGGCAUUCAGUCCCGCACACAGUGCCUCUCGCAUCAAAGUGAAAGUCAUCCAGCAAACGCUCUCCAUUGAAGUGGACGAGAAGAGCACCGGCUCGUGGAAGCAGUGCUACGAGACCACGCUUCCAUUCAAUGCCGACUGGCUGCGCACCGCCACGUUGGGCGUCACGGCCGCCACCGGCGGCGUGGCCGACAACCACGACGUGUUGCGAUUGGUUAGCUUUGAAGACGUGAACGACAAGGACAUUGGCGAGGACGACUCGGUCUCGUUGCUGCAGAAGAUGUCUAAGGAUUACCGAAAGUGGCUCGUCGAGCCGUCGUGCCAUUCGGACUGCCGCAUCGCCGUCCUGACCAAGCAGAUUGAAAAUUUCCGCAUCGAGUCGGAUCAUGCGCUGAUCGACCUGAAGGAGAAGACGUCGCACACAAUCAGCAAGUUGCGCGACCAAGAGCAAAUGAACGAAAACCGGCUUGAGAAAAUCUACCAGCGCAUCGUGUCGGUGGUGGACAACAAGGUCCAGGACAAGAUCACCAACACCGCCAACCAGGUCAAAAGCAAAAUCGACGAAAAGGUUAAGAACGUGACCAUCGGCGGUGGCUGGAAACUCCCGUUCCUGGUGCUGUUUGUCGUGCUGGCAGUGGCCAGUGGCGUGGCGUACCAGAAGUACCAAGCGUUGCGAAAGAGCCAUCUAUUGUAAAUCCACACAUUUCGAUCCAAUAAACGCUUCAGUGUUUCAUGUUCGCAAAAACUCAGCAUUUGUAUUGUUGCCUAGAACUCAUAACAGUACUACUCGGAUUCAUGUCAAC